UGUAACUCCAAUUGUUAUUACACCAAAAUCCCCAAAACCGAAACCCUAGCACGAUGAACUCUACAUACAAAACCCUUUCGUCAAUCUUCACACGGCCACAUGCCGGAUUAACUCACCGGAGCUCAGAUCUACAACAAUGGAGGGGGAUCCGAGUGAAGAUAUUCAACAACAACUUGGAGAGAGGACUAACGUUUAUGCAGAGGAUAAUGCAGUCGAGUGGCAUCGAACGCAUGAUUAAGAACGAACAGAUAUAUCACAUCAAAAACUCAGAGAAACGGAUUUUGGCGCGAAAGAAUCUACAGCGUCGGCUUAAAUCUCAAGAUCUAGCUCGUAAGCUUAAGUCGAUUCUCGUUAAAAAAGUCAGGGGUUAUUGAGCAUAUGAGCAUGUUCGUUCCUGGAUAAUAACUUUGACUCAGGAGGAAAUUGUUACAUCCCUUUUUAUUGAGACUUUAGUUUGCGAGUCUUAUGUGUUCAAUCAUACAUGUUCUUUAAUUAAUCUUUACCUAUGUUACUACAUUUUGACAACAAAUGCAGGUUUUUUUGUUUGUUCUUUUA